CACGGAUCCGAGCGAGCAGCUGAGCAGGUCCGGGCCCAUCAUGUAACCGCUGCGGAACAUUUUGCACAUUUUACGCCUUUUCGCGACGCCUGCGGAUCGCAUGCACUCGUCCCCUCGCCCCGUGCACGCACACGCACGCCCCGCACGCACGCAGGCUCCAGGUGCACGCGCAUCGAGGCUCGGGUUCUGCAUCUCUGUUGCACAACGAGCCGCUGAAGCGAUGGAGGGAGGGAGCGAGAAGGAAGGCAAAGUCUUUUGUGCCUCCCCUCCCCCUCCUCACCCGAGCAGAGGGGAAAUGUCUCAGCCGAAGGGAGGAAAGAGGAAGCCGGUGCUCAAGCUCUCUAAGGAGGCGUUUGAGCAAACUACUCCUGCUGCAGCACCUCCCAGAGAUUUGGAUUCCAAAGCUUGUGUGACCAUCGGAGAAAAGAACUUCGAGGUGAAGGCAGAUGACCUGGAGCAGAUCUGCGAGCUGGGCCGGGGAGCGUACGGCGUGGUGUACAAGAUGAGGCACGUGCCCAGCGGCCUGAUCAUGGCGGUCAAGAGGAUUCGUGCCACCGUGAACACUCAGGAGCAGAAGAGGCUGCUGAUGGACCUGGACAUCUCCAUGAGGACGGUGGACUGCUACUACACCGUCACCUUCUACGGAGCCUUGUUCAGAGAGGGCGACGUGUGGAUCUGCAUGGAGCUGAUGGACACGUCCCUCGACAAGUUCUACAAGCAGGUGAUCGAGAAGGGAAUGAACAUCCCCGAGGACAUCCUGGGAAAGAUCGCCGUCUCUAUAGUAAAAGCUCUGGAGCAUCUGCACAGUAACCUGCAGGUGAUACACAGAGACGUGAAGCCGUCCAACGUGCUGAUCAACACUCAGGGUCAAGUGAAGAUGUGCGACUUCGGCAUCAGCGGCUACCUGGUCGACUCGGUGGCUAAGACCAUGGACGCCGGCUGCAAACCCUACAUGGCGCCGGAGAGGAUCAACCCCGAGACCAACCAGAAGGGAUACAACGUCAAGUCGGACAUCUGGAGUCUAGGAAUCACCAUGAUCGAGCUGGCCAUCCUGCGCUUCCCGUACGACUCGUGGGGCACGCCCUUCCAGCAGCUGAAGCAGGUGGUGGAAGAGCCUUCGCCCCAGCUUCCUGUCGACCAGUUCUCUCCGGAGUUCGUGGACUUCACCUCUCAGUGCUUAAAGAAAGUUUCCAAAGAGAGGCCGACGUACACAGAACUCAUGCAACAUCCCUUCUUCACCUCCCACGAGGCCAAAGAGACGGACGUGGCGUCCUUUGUGAAGGUCAUCCUCGGGGACUGAGUCGAGGGAGGAUCUGUUCUUAGAAGAAGCACCAAUCGCAGCCCCUGUCACCUGCAGGACCCCGCCCACCUCACACCUCACACCUUACACCUCGCCAAUUCUCCCACCCCCACCCCCCCCCC